AUGUUACGCGCGUCUCCAGGAAGUUGGUGCACGUGAAGAAGUUAACGCGGCAAGGCGAGCACCCCCCGUGUCUUGUAUUAUGUGGUAUCACAGAUACUCUUAGGAAGGGCUGUGGUGGUAUUUUGUUAGGCUAGUUUGUGAUUCGUCUCUCGCUGUUGUAAUUAUUAAACCACCGCAUUGUGCCAACCAUAGCCAAGGUUUUUCAAAUGAUUUCAACGGAGGGCGAGAGUCGGACCACAGGACGCCAGGUAAACAAGGGAGAGGAAUGUGAUGACCAGAUGGACUCCGUCGUUGGAAAUGUGGAAACGCAUAGGCCUACAGACUCAACGCGUUUCUCGGCGCCGACGUUUACCAUAUCUGACGAAGCCUGUCAGACAAUAGAGAUACAUGUGUUGAAAGAACAGACAUGUGAACUGCAAAUUCAGUCGGAUUCUUUAUCAGUUGGAUAUGUCGUCAAAGAGGGAACACUGGAGGCGAUAGUGAAGACAGAAGACUUCGGAGAAAACUAUGACGGUGCUCCAACAAGUGGAGCUGAUUGCCUCACACAGAAGACGUUCUCCUCCUCCUCUACAGACAUUAAAGCAGAACCGCUGCAGGAAGAAGAUGGAGUAUCCAACAUGAAUUCAGUCCUCGUGAGCUCUGACAUGAUCGAGUGUCCUCCAGAUCUGGUGUCUCGAUUCCAGCUGAAAAGGUUAUCAGUGCUACUGGUCGACUGCUUUACACCACAAGGCCAGCAAGGACCAAAGAACACAAACAAAGAUGGAGAAAAAAUACAAACUGGAUACCUGGGACGGCACCAGCUCACCCACACAAGAGAGAAACGCUACCGAUGCCAGCGGUGUAAUACAAGCUUUUCAUGUCCAAACCGUCUUAAAACACAUCAGGUCAUUCACAAAAGAGAGAGGCCAUACAAAUGUCAGCUGUGUUGGAAAAGCUUUUCACAGGCAAGACUUUUCAAACGUCACCAGCGCCUUCACACUGGAGAGAGGCCCUACAAAUGUGGACAUUGUGGGAAGAGUUUUUCACAGGCAGGAAAUCUGAAACGUCACCAACGUAAUCACACGGGAGAGAAGCCCUACCGAUGCCAGUUGUGUAACAAAAGCUUUUCACGUGCAGACAAUCUUGCAGAACACCAACACCUUCACACUGGAGAGAGGCCCUACAAAUGUGGACAGUGUGGGAAGAGUUUUUCACAGGCAGGAAAUCUGAAAUGUCACCAACGUAAUCACACGGGAGAGAAGCCCUACCACUGUCAGCAGUGUGGGAAGAGUUUUUUAAAUGUAGGACCUCUCAGGCGUCACCAACGCAAGUAUCACAUGGGGAGGGACGGGCAGUACCAAUGUAGUGCGCAGCUGUGUGGGAAACAUUUUAAACGGGCACGAGAUCUCACCAAACACCAGGUGAUCCACACAGCAGGAGAGAAGGCCUACCUAUGCCAUCAAUGUGGGUUGGGUUUUGCUCAGGAAAAAGGUCUGCAGCAACACAGGCUCAUUCACACAGGAGAGAAGGGGGCCCUGCCCUACCAAUGUAGUCACACGUCCAAGGCCCCAGCGGAGAUCUCUGUAACAUUAGGAGAUGAGGAGGAUGAGAAUGAGGAGGAUGGAGGAACGAGCGCUCCAGAGGACACUGAAGAGGAACUCCACCACAAUCUCACUAGUACAAGAAAGGAACUGAUGUCAUCUCCACUUCCCAAAUCCAAGGCUUAUCAGUGCCAACUAUGUGGGACGAUGCUGUCAAGUCAAGCGUAUCUGCAUCAACACCAGCUGAACCACGCGAGGAAGCCCUACCACUGUAAACGGUGUAGGAAAAGCUUUUCAAAUGCAGGGGCUCUCGGAGCACACCAAGGCAGUUGUCAUGCAGAGUGGGACAGGCCCUAUCAGUGCAGUGUGCAGCUGUGUGCGAAACGUUUUAAACAGGCACAAGAUCUCCGCGAGCACCAGCUGAUCCACACAGUGGACAAACCCCACCGAUGUGGACAGUGUGGGUUGGGUUUUGCAAAGCAAAUAGGUCUGAAACGACACAUCCACGUUCACAUGCGAGACAAGCCCUCCCAAUACCAACAGUUAGAAGAAAGAGAGGGAGCCCCGUGUGGGAGAGGUUUUCCAUCGGCAGAAACCCUCAUAGAACACCAGCUUAUCCCCAUAGGACAUGACAUGCCCUACCCCUGCUCACGGUGUGGCUUACGUUUUGCACACAAAACAGGUCUGAAUAGGCACCAAGGGCAGGCACACAAGGAGCCACCACAACGCAGGACUGUAACCUCAAGGAACAGGAACAUUAUAUUGCCGCGAAGGUACACAUCAUGAAAAUUAAAGGGUAACAUAAAGUUCACAUCA